AUGAUGAAAGACGAGAAAAAGAAAAACGACGAUUGGAAGACGAAAGACGGGAAAAUGAUGAAAGACGAGAAAAAGAAAAACGACGAUUGGAAGACGAAAGACGGGAAAAUGAUGAAAGACGAUAAAAAGAGAAACGACGAUUGGAAGAAGAAAGACGAAAAGACGAUGAAAGACGCGCAAAAGACGAGGAAAGACUUGAAGAAGAAGAAAGACGAAGACGUGAAAGAAGAAACGACGAGCUUAGACGAAGACGCGAAGGGCGAAAUUAUGACGAAAGACGACAAAUAUGUGAUAAAAGACGUAGAUAUGAACGAAGUAAUGACGAAGAAAGACGAAGAUACGAAGACAGACGAUAUGACGAAGAUAUUCACGUACAUGAAGAAAUUGGAGAAAGAAGCUAUAGCGCAAGCAAUAACGCUGAAAUGA